AUGCGAACAAGAACUGCGAGUAUACCUAUUACGAGUUCAAAUCAAACUCGUCGUCAUAAUACGUCAACGUAUUCACCUAAAAAUUUUUUUAAAUACUCACGAUCAGUUGAUGAUCGCAUUCAUCCCGACGAUCAAUUGGCAUCGUUAAAUGACUUUAAUAACAUUAAUUACAAUCUUCUAUUAAAUUCAAAUCGUUUUUCAUCUGAACCAAUUAAUUUAUCUUGCAGUAUGCAAAAUUAUUCACUUAUGAACUCACAAUCUUUAAAUUCAAAACAUUAUCCGACAACACCAACAACAACAGCAGAUAAUAAUUCAUUUUAUUAUGCCACAAUAUCGAGCCCGAUUUUUAUCAACAGUGAUACAAAUAACUAUGAUUUACCAGUUUUUUCUUCACUUCCAAAUUGCAACUCGGUGAUUAAUAAUCAUUGUUCUUCAUUUUCACCGAUAUCUUCAUCAUUUUCUUCAGCAGAAGAUAAUUAUAUUGAUACAAAGGCAUGUAAUGUUAUCUUAUCGGAUAAUGAAAAUCAUGAACAAGAUAAAUGUUCGAUAAUGAACACGAGAAAUCUCAAUCAAACAGAGUUGGAUGAUAAAGCAAAAGAGAUUUCACUUCUAUCGCAAGAUCAUGGCACGCUACAAGAAGAACAGAAUAAUAAUGAAAGCGCUCUUCAGUCUUCUUGUGAAAUUAAACAAAUUAUUGAUGAUGAAAAACCAAUUGAUCAAAAUGAUAAAGCAAUCAAGACAUCGACAUCUUUGCCAGAUGGUGAAAACAACUCUGAUUCAAUAAAGGAUGACAAUUUCAAUAAUCAAACAACAUCAAUCGAACGAUCUCCUUCGUCCGACAAUAUUCUUGCAAAUAUAUUGUAUUCAAAAUUAGCAACUAACAAGCCUGAUGAGCUCGUAAAUAACACCGAUGAUUCUGCUCUAAUUCGUGCAGAUUCAACUGGUUCAAAUGAAAGUAGUACAACAACAUCGUCAACAUCUGAAAUAAAACUAUUAGAUGAUGAUAUAUUAUUGGAUAAUACGGCGGAUUUACUCACGAACGCUGAUGACUUGCAAAAUCGUUAUUUGAAAAGGAGAAGACGUCGUUCAUCACUACGUAGUUCAUUUAGUCAAGAAUCACCAUUAUUAUCUGCGCUUGUAUCAGCUGAGACUAGUAGGAAAGAUGAAACAAAAUCCGAGAAACAAAACAAAGAAUCUGAAGAAAGUCCUUCUCUUCUGCCACCAGAGUCAUCGACGCCAGUACAGAAUGACGAAAUAAAAGUUGAAGAAAAUCAAUCACAAACCACGCAACAGUCAGAAAAUCAAAGUCCACUUGAAAAUACUGAAAAUAAUAAUAUUACGAUUAGUGAUGUUAACAGCAUAAAGGAAGAAGAAGAUGAAAAACCAAUUAUACGUUAUCGUCCCAGAAGGUUACGUCAGCGUCUAUUGCGAAACUACGAUCUCAUUACGAAUGCAAAUCUUGCAGCUAUUGAAACAAAUUUAAAGGGUGGAGUCGAAUCAUCUAAUCUUCUAUGGACAUCAGACCACGACAAUCAAUUGGCAUUACCACAUGCGAAUACUCACCAUCAUACAGAAACGAAUAAUGAUCAUGACAGCAAUAUUGACAAAGACGAACAUCAACUGAGUAAACAAUUAUCUGAUUUACAAAUUAAAGAUAAUGGCAAUACUCAAGAACAACAACAAACAAGGGAUAAAAAUCAUAUCAAUGACGAUGUAUUUAGUAAUACGCAAUCAGCAACACUGCCACGUGGUGGUUUGAAGCGUUCACAAACAUCUUCGUCAUCGAAAAAAAUGGUUCGUUUUGCCGAUUCUUUGGGUCUUGAUCUUGCUCAAAUUAAGUACAUUCGAUCUACUCUGACAUCUGAUAGUAAAUAUUCCCCAUCACCAUCAACAACAUUAUCAUUAUUUAAACGAAAUUUAGCUCUUGAUGAUAUUCAUAAUCAAGGAUUGAAACCAUGGGAUUUUGAUUUAACAAUAUCAUCACAUUAUAAUCAGCGUGCUUAUUCAUCAACGCUUUCACCAUCAAAUGCUCAUCAACAGUUCAACAAUCGACGUUAUUUUUGUUUAUUCCGUCAGCCCAAUUCUGAAUCACCAGAUGUCUAUUUACAUGAAAUAUGGCGAUCACAGAUUAAAUUAGAAUAUGCUGAAAUAAGAAAAAAACAAAUUAAACAACAACAACAACAGCAAUCAGCACUUAAAAAUUAUAAUAGUAGAUUAGAUUUUCAUCAUAUUCCAUCUGAUGCGCCACAACAACAAUUAUGCGGCACAUUAUGGGUAACAAAUAUUGAUUUCUUGAAAUAUGUAUCGAUCAAAUAUACGUUUAAUCGUUGGAUGAACACGUAUGAAAAAGAAGCUAUUCAUAAAUAUCAUUCUCAAGACUAUCGAAACAUAGAUAAUUAUGAAUUUACCAUUGAUAUACCAAAUGAUGUUGAUCGUGUCGAGUUUAUCUUACGUUAUUCAUCUGGUGGUCAAGAGCACUAUGACAAUAACUAUGGAAAUAAUUAUAUAAUUGAAGCUGAACAGACCACGUCCAUUGCUAUAUCACUUCCACACGAUUAUGAUUUUAAUGAAAUGAGGUUUUAUUAA